AUGUUUUGCCGAUCAGGCGUAUUUUGUGCGCGGCGUUUAUUUUAUACUGAAAAUGUACGAUUCUACGCGGGAGUUUUUCAAAAAAGUGCUCGUCUCAAACCCGCCAAUGCCACGGUUGAUUACAUCAAGGCCAAGCUUGGUUCAAACCGCCCACCAUCGGUUGAAGAAUGGGGUAACAUUCGGUCGAGCAUUCUCAACGAACGGCGGUUCAAUGAUAACAACGUGGAUAGUAUAGUUCUGGGAUUGUGUCCGAAUCUAGGCAUCGGAAAAUCUUACGUGGGUUACAUGCAAGAAAAAGGCCUGGAGACUAAUUUAGCAAUUGUGGGUAAAUUGCUGCGGCUUUACCGACUUACUGAGGACCCAUUGACCGAUCAGGAUGAGGCCGAUAUCUGGAGGAUGUACUCUGAGUUACGUGAGCAGAACUCGGUUCUAGAUGCGAAUACCUGCGAGCAUGCCAUAAAUGCCCUCACUCUAACAAAACACUGGAAACACUCAUUGGAGCUGUUGGAAAUGAUCAAGAUUAUAGGAACACCGGAUAGCUCGUCGUAUAACUGUAUUGCCACAAAAGCGUUCCUCUCGGGGGAAGACGCGAUUGGUUGGGCCAUGCUGAAGGAAAUGUGCGACAACAAAAGGCUGCCGAACGAUGAAACGUUUUUGUCCUGGUUAGAGUACAGCCGUAGAGAUGGCCAACCAUUUGCCAAAAACGUCGAGAAAAUGUUACAGUUUACGAAUGACAAUUCCGUUUUCCUAUCCAAACACUUAGGAAACGUACUAAAGUCACUUCCAAAGGAGUCGGGUGUUAUCGCACAAGAAACGAGAGUCACUGAUAACGGCAAAUGUUCCAAUUGUAAGGGUAGUCUCGCCAGCAUCGUGGUCACCGAAGAAUCAUUUCAAAAGCUAAAGGAAAAAUUUCUCGAGGCCAUAUUUGUAAACAAGGAGAUAUUCAACCGUACCACACCGGAUGAACUGCGACGGUUCCAAAAUUUCCUCAAAAAGACUACUCCGUAUGAUGUGGUCAUCGAUGGUCUGAAUGUGGCAUUUUCUUCGGGCAAUCAGAAAAGUCCUACGGUUUAUGCGCAACAGGUUGCAGCUGUAGUUCGACACUACGUUCGACAGAAGAAACGAGUUUUGGUAAUAGGCAGGCAACAUAUGGACAAAUGGCGUUCCAAAGAAAUGAAAUACAUUCGUGAGAAUAGUUUCCUCUUUCUCACCGAGGAUCUGUCUCAAGAUGAUCCGUUCCUGCUGUAUGCGGCUUUGGAAAGUGGCCCUCAAACCGAUUUCUUUUCGAGAGAUUUGAUGAGGAAACAUUCGUUUAUGUUGGGUGAUACCGUAAGCGGCAUAUUUAAGCGUUGGCAGCAAGAACAUCAGUACUCUUUGCUCUCAAUCCUGCCAGAUGGAAGGGUAAUGAUAAAGGCACCGUUUAAAUACGAACUAUACGCACACAAGAGCAUCGAUAAUCGUUGGCACGUGCCUUUGGUUGAAUGCGGAUAUCGUAUACCGAGAGUUGAGAAGCAAUCAGAGUGGCUUUGCUUGAGUAUAGCUCAAGCUGAAUAAAUCGGGAUAUAGUUGAAACUAAAAGUUAGUGCAAAGUUUGAAGCUGUGCUUAAAUAAAAAUAAUAAUAAAAGACUGGG